AUGACCUCGAACAGUGCAGAGUCCAUGAAUGCUUUAUCUGUAGAUGCAAGGAAGAUGCCUAUAAUACCCCUUCUUGAGUUCUUCCGUCGUCUUUCACAGGAAUGGUGUAACAAGCGUUGCAUCAAAGGAGGGAAACGUUCAACAGUGCUAACCGAGUGGGCUGAAAAAGUAGUUAGUGAAAAUGAAGAGCGUACGACAGGAGGGUCCGUUUCUGGUGUUUCAGAUGCAAUUUAUGAAGUUCAUGAUUUCAUACAUGGUGGCAUAGUUGAUCUGAGGCAAGAGACUUGUACAUGCAAAUAUUGGGAAGGAACUAGAUGCUUACAAAAUGGAAACGUACCGAAGUACGUAUGGGAUCCGGUUUACCCCCUUCCAGAACUGUGUGAUUGGGAGAUUCCUACUGAGAUGAUGGUUGUGAAACCCCCGAUAAUGGAUACACGUCAAGCUGGUAGACCGAGAAACAGAAAUCGUAUCCCGUCACAAGGAGAGGAACCUAUAGUAAGAAGGUGUAGUAGAUGUGAUAGUACAACACAUAAUGCAGCGACUUGUCUGACAUUGGUCCCAAAGAAACAAAAAAAGGCUAGAAAAACUAGUGCGGCAUCAGGUAGUAACACAAAAGGGAAAGGGACAAAAGGGACUCAGGAGAUGCACGGGACACACUUUUUUUUCUUUGCUUUGGCGAUUUUCUUAACUUUUGGUGUGGAUUGCAACUAA